AUGUCCAAUAUAUUAUUGUUUCCGCCGUCCUCAACUCUUCCAAGUAUCUACUCCCCUCCCUACGCCAAGUUCGCCGCUCCCGGGGCUGACGCGCCCUCCACACUCCCUCCGAGACUUCUCCUCACCAUGGUCCAUUUCACCCCCGAAACGCGAGAACGGAUUCUUCCAACGCCGACCGAACCUGCCCCGCUCUUGACUUUCCCCGAGAUACGGUUACUGAUGAAGGAGAUGGCAGACGAUGCUGAUACUAUCAUCGAGCUAGUCCACAACAUCAUCCGUGGCUUCUUGGAGACAGAAUAUUCCUCAUAUAGCCAAGGCCUCAUCAGGACCUUCGUCAAAAGUGAUGAAGUACUUACGAGCCAAGUCGUCCGCAUACAACAAACGUAUGGCACCGAUAUCUUGGAGGAGAGGAUUAUUGAUUCCACACCAUUGUUUGCAGCUGCUAAAAAUAAGGCCAUGGAACAAAAUCGUACGCGACGAGUUAUGGUAAAAGAGGGGAAAGACCGGGAAAGACAGUGUGCGGCUAAGAUGCAACGAAGGCUUCAGCGGUUAAGGUCCGAUGAGAGUAUCCGAUCAGUCGACACGGUUAUUCAAGCUCCGAAAUUGGAGGGAGCACGGGGAGCAAUAGUGGCAUGGCCUGACCUCUGA